AUGUCCAGGCCCGUCGUCUUCCCUGGCGGGCUGGACAGCCCCUCGCAGGAAAAAGCCAUAUUGUACUUUUACAGGCGGCUCUGGCCUCUCCUCACUGCUUCCCUUGACCCUAUUCCACCUCCCCUGCAGGCUUUUGGAGAUCAUAAGGUCGUGCUUUUGGCAACCGGUUUGCUUGCCGACUCGCAUCGCUUCCUCCAAGACAAGCGGAACCGCCCGCCCGAUACCGUGGAGAAACGCAGACAAUGCAUAGAAGCUGUGAACGAGGAGCUCGGCCGUUGCUCUGCGGAUGGCACAAUCAGCAUGCAGCCUCUCUUGUUUGCCAUUCUCCUCCUCUACUUUUACGAAGGGUACAUUGACUGUUCGCGGUGGCCGCUCUCAACAUUGAUUCACCACGGGGGUAUUCAAGCAACACUCGAAAAGAUGGGUGGUUUGGAAAGGGUUCUAAAUCUUGGCCAUGAAUCACUUCAGGUAUUGGUGUCUUUGUUCGCUACGGCAGACCUCACUUCGAAUAUGCUAAGAGGCGGGGUGCCUUCAUUUUCUCCCCUUUCAUGGCGCUUGUUCCAUCCCAGCUCGGUAUGGUGGCAGCAGCACGUCUCGACCGAUGAAUCGUCCCCAACAUUAUCUCUAACAGACGUCUUUGAGCAGAUGUCUGCCAUGCUGCUCUAUCGACAAUCUCUUGGUAGUACCGGAGCGCGGCCAUCCACGGACAGGAUCAGAGUAUUCGAACAAGCACUCCAACCUGCUUAUGCCCCCUUCAAAUCACUGAGCACGAGCUCUCUGGCCUCCACUGAUUCAUCAUCUACGUCACACUACGCUUUCAUUCGGGCCUACCAGCAUACAGCACUCAUCUAUCUCUACAGGGAAGUGUGCGGUCUGUCAACGAGUCAUCCACUAGUUCAACAACACGUCGAUGCUUGCCUGGACACCAUUAACAUGCUUUACAAUUCAUCCAAGGCCAUCAAUUGCCUAGUCUUCCCUCUCUGUGUGGCCGGGUCGCAUUCGCUGGCAGUCCCCCGACAACGCCAGAUCUUGAAGAUGCUGCUUGCCGUCCAGAACGAGAUGCGCUUCACGUCCUUGCAGCACUUGAUAGAAUUUCUAGAGGCUUGUUGGAGGGUUAAGCCGGAGGAAAAUUCGUGGCUGGAAACUUUCACAAUGUUGAAUAAGAACAUUAUCAGCUUCUAG